GCACACGCAUACAACACAGGGUAGCACACAGCAAACGCCACAGCCAUGUGGAGUUGGACUUUAGUUAUGAUCUUAUUUUUCACCUAGUUUUUCUUAUAUUCUGUUUUUUUAUUCAUAUGUUUGUUGUUCAGCCUUUGAACUACUGACAAGAAUACUGUUUCACCUUUGGUAAACUACCAAUUUAUGUGAAAAUGGUGAAAUCGAAGACCAAAAACCAGAAGAAAGCCCGAGUUUCAGCUAACCAUGUGGCCGAGGAGACGUAUGGUACAGUCCCACACUCUUUCGUCUUUCACCGCGGACAGAUUGGCAAAAAUGUGAGCCAGCUCAUCCUGGAUGUCCGAAAGGUUAUGAAGCCAUACACAGCAGAAGGCCUGAAAGUUAGAAAAAAGAAUGUCCUGAAAGAUUUCGUUGCAGUUGCUGGACCACUUGGAGUUACACACUUUCUUAUGUUCAGCAAAACCCCUUGCUCUGUUAACCUGAGGGUUGCUCGGCUCCCAAAAGGACCAACACUUCAUUUCAAAGUGGUCCAGUACUCUCUUGUCAAAGAUGUGGUGUCUGCUCUGAAGAAGCACAGGAUGCAUGACCAACAGUUCACACACCAUCCACUACUCAUCCUCAAUAACUUUGGUUCCAAUGGGAUGCACAUCAAGCUUAUGGCUACCAUGUUUCAAAAUAUGUUCCCCUCCAUAAAUGUACAUAAGGUUAAUCUCAACAACAUCAAGCGAUGUGUGCUGUUAAGUUACAACCCAGAGUCUGAGGAAAUAGAAUUCAGGCAUUAUAGCCUUAAGGUGGUACCUGUGGGUAUGAGCCGUGGAGUAAAGAAGUUGAUGCAGGAACGGUUUCCCAAUAUGAACAAGUUUGAGGACAUCAGUGAGCUGCUGAUCAAGGGCACAAACCUGUCAGAAAGUGAAGCCGAACAAGAUGGAGACCAUAACAUUACAGAGCUGCCCCAGGCCUAUUCAGGUCGAGGCAAUAUGGCGUCUCAACAAAGUGCUGUUCGUCUAACGGAGAUUGGCCCUCGUUUGACAUUAAAACUCAUCAAGAUUGAAGAAGGAAUAGGAGGGGGAAAUGUCCUGUAUCAUUCUGUCAUUACUAAGACGGAAGAAGAAAUCCAGGAAAUCCUAAACAGAAAGGAGGCUCAGCUAAAAGCAAAACAAGAACGACGGAAAAAGCAAGAACAAAAUGUGGCCCAGAAAAAAGAACAAAGAGAAAAGAACAAGUUAAAGAGCCUUGAAGGUAUAAAAAAGAAACACACAGACGCUGAUGAGGACAGUGAAGUAGAGGAUCCCGGGGCACAAGAUGACACGGUAAAUGCAGAUUCAGAUGAUGAGGUGGAGUACUACAGGCAGGCCGUUGGACAGGACCCAGAUGAAGACAUGUUCCCUGGAGCCAAGAGAAAGCGAAUGAGGGACAAGUCAAAUGGACCUGCCAAGAAGAGGAAACUGUCUCCUGGCAAAUUGUCAAACAAAGACAAGCACAGCAAAUCAAAAAGAAAUGGUCCAGGAGCCGACCGGACAACCAAAACUGGAAAACUGCAUAAACCACGGAAGAAAUUUGGUGAUUCAGAGAAACAUUUUUCAAAGGUUAAGCCAGGAGGCAAGGUGUUCAAUAAGAAAAGGCCUGGCGGUGCAGAAAAGUUUGGCAAAAAUAAAUUCAAUUCAGAUAAAACUCAUGCAAAGAAAAACAAGGACAAAUUUAAACCUAAAGGACAAAAGGGCAAACCGGGGUUUAAAAAACCUACAGGAGGUAAAGGCUUCAAACAGAGGAAAAACAACGUGUGGGUUAUCCAUCAGACCAAAAAGUGUGGCCAAGUGUUACUCAAGAUGAAGUCUGAUAUUCAAGGCUGUGAGACAUUUCAAAUCAACCUGCUGCCAUCCUUGUAUGGGAUUGAGUUUGUCAUUGCUUUAGUGGGAAAUAUGUUUGCAUUAUAUCUCCUUGUGACUAAAGAAAGGAGAAACUGGCACACGGGGAUUGUCUUAUCCUGCAAUUUGGCCAUCAGUGACCUGCUCUACAUCCUUACUCUGCCUCUGCUCAUUGUUUACUAUGCCCUGCAAAAAAACUGGAUAUUUGGGAGAGCUGCAUGCAAAAUUGAACGGUUUCUUUUCCACUUUAACCUCUAUGCCAGCAUCUUCUUCAUCACGGUUAUAAGUGUGAACCGCUUUGUGGCAUUGAAAUACCCAUUUUUUUCCCGAACAUACUUAGGACCAAGGCAGGCAAAGAUCACCAGUGUUGUCAUUUGGAUUUUGGUUGGGGUCAUUUGCAGUCCAGUUUUAAAAUUUGCUUCAACAUGCCCUGAUAUGCACAACAACAGCACAAAGAAUGUGUGUGUCUCUAAUUGCAAUCAGCACAAUACAGAGACGUCACAUUUUAAUUACACAAUGUUUCUCUCUGUGUUUGGGUGUGUUAUCCCCUUUUUGAUCACCUUUGCCUCUUAUUGUGUGGUUAUUCAGGUAGCCUGGAAAAGUGUGAGCUUAACCACUCUAGAAAGACGCAAAGUAGCUCUAUUGGUGAUAUCAGUCGUUGUGUUAUAUGCCAUUUCAUUCUUGCCCUACCAUUUUUUUCGCAUGAAACACUUUCACCUUAAAAUAAUCAAACACGUUGACUGCCCAGUGUACAGCGCAUACCAAGUGACUAAAGGCCUGGCCACUCUGAACAUGUGUAUUCACCCUCUUCUUUACAUGGCAGUGUUUGACAGCAUCAGAGUGGCCUGUUGUGGGGGGAGGAGAGAGAAUAAAACACAAGAUAUGAACUGAAGUGCUAAAUGUUAUGCUCUAUAGUUUUUCUAUUUAUAUAACUU